ACAUUCUUCCCAUACGAAAUGCCUGUUGUUGACGAUUGGGUUAAUGAUCCAUUGGGGAUCAUUCAAAAUAUAUAUGAUAAAGAUGGUGAGGUGGAAAGUGGCGUGGUACGAGACUAUUUUGCGUCCAGAGUUAAAGGAAAUGCCAUGUCAUGGAUUCCAAGCUUGAACGACACCCCGCUGCACACACUGCGGCCUAAUUCAUUGGUACGAUACAGAUGUAUGAUACAAGAUAUGUAUGACCCUGAAUUUUAUUUGGGGUCAUAUGAGGUUGUUGACACAAAGACAGGAAAAACCAAUAUGAAGUCUGGGAAAUACAAAGAUGUUGCAGAAUGUGCAAGUUUCCAACAGAUAAAUAUGGAGUCCGCCAACAACAAGACACUGGACAGACAGACACUCUAUGGUGUGCCAAUACCUGGAGAGUCAGCUUGGGUCAAAGCAAGUUUUACUGACCGAGCGGGGGUCAAGGCCCAACCAUCAACUUCCUACACACCAGUACGUUGUAAGAGAAGUCUGGAGGAGGACUUAAGUGUUGAAAGUGAGGCAAUGGAGACUUCAGAUUCUACCAAAGUUGCUUCCAGUGAAACUACUCCAGUGUUGGAGAGUUCCGAAAAUAAGAGGACUUGUGUUAGUGACAGAGCAGCUGAAAACAGCCCUGUAUUACCAGACCUUAACUUCCCUUUACCAGAAGAGAAUGGAAUAUCCUGCCUGAUCAAGGUUUAUGACGAUAUAGAUGCAUUCUGUGUCAAUGACAUGGUGGAGUUCAUUGGUGUGUUGUCUGUAGAUCCCUCACUGGCACAGUUUGAGGCAGAGGACCAAGGCUCUGAGAGUAAAGUAUGUGCAGAUGGAUUUGAGGUAUCUAUGGAGGAAAAGAAUGCCCAUGCCCCACCCCCCUCUCUAGUGCCACGCCUUCACGCUGUCUUGGGGAUGAAACUGAAACACAACAACCCUUUACUUACUUCAUCAAGUCCACAGGAAGAUGGCUUCAAGGAAGUUUUGGCAAGGUUACAAGGGGAGAUAACUACUUUACGCCAACACAUAAUAGCUACCUUGGAACAUAUCCUAUUUGGUGAUAAACUAGCAGCAGAAUAUUUCCUGUGUCAUCUCCUGUCGUCUGUGUAUGCUAGAGCUGAUGUAAUGCCCCUGGGUAAAUUCUGUUUGAACUUGACCUGCUGUCCAACAACGCCCGAGUAUUCAGCACUGCUGCACCAGUUUCUGUCUUCCAUUGUCACUAAGAGUCAUCAUCUUCCCAUCACCAUAGACAACAUGAACAAAAUACGUCUGUGUCCCCAGAAAGAUUAUACAGCCAACCGUCUGCAGAGUGGAGCUCUGCAAUUAGGGGCUGAUACCUCGCUCAUACUGGAUGAAACUGUGCUGCAAGCUGGACAGCUUGAUGCUAAUGGUGUGAAGAACAUGACGGCUCUUGGUAACUUAAUCAACUGGCAGAAAGUAGAGUACGACUUCAGUUACCACCGACAGGAAUUUAUGUCUGAUGUUGCUGUUCUUGUGCUCUCAGAGGCCAAAUCCCUACUACCUAGUGACUGUCUGUUACCUCUGGCUGCCAGUAUUCCAGCUGGUGUCAGUUUACAGGACUAUUUCUCCAGAGUUGAUAAUUUAAUGAGUGCAGACUUCGUAAACAAAUUUCGAACCUAUCUAACAGCAGCCAAGAUGUUGGACUACAGUAUGUCUGGGGAUAUACAAACGGCUAUCCAAGAUGAUUUCGUUAACAUUCGAAAGGAUGAUCCCAAAAAUAUGACCAUUGAUGAUUUCCAUAAACUUUUGAACUUAGUCAGGUUGUUAUCAAUAAGUCACUUGCAGUCAUGUCCCACACAGAAUCUCUGGACAAAAGUCAAAGCAAUGGAGACCCAGCGCAAACAGCGGCUACCUCAAACAAGUAGAAACACUAAUUAAGUUUGUAUUGACUUGUCUAUAGCAAACCUUUUCAUUUUCAACACUGCCAUUUUGCUAAUUUUUGCUUGAAUUCUGUAUAUGGUUAAAUAGAGUUUUGAAACAAAAGUUCUGGGAUUUGUUUCUCAGCAUAUUGAUUCUAAAAGUCUGUGGUAUUUAGAAUCUAUGAAAGUUAAGUUCCUCAAACUUUCAAAGAGUAGAGAGGCAAUCUUGAUCAAAAUUCUAAUGAAAAAAUCUGAUAAUGAUUUGUAUAUGUUUAUUGAUUAUGCAUAACUGAAAUGAAUAAAAUGUGCCUUGUAUCUAGAGUUCUGUGUAUUUGUUUCCAUCCCAUACCAUGUGUUAUUGGUAUCUUGUAGUAGUUUGCAGUU